AUGACCAGUGCUUCAGAGGGAAGUAUCAAACUCACUACAAAUAGAUCUUCAGAAGUGACUCAGUCUAAAAUAGCAGCCUACAGGAAAGCCCGAUCAACAGAUUACAUUCCGAUUGGUGCCUGCAAGAGCUCUUACAUUGCAAAAGUAUCUGCUCUCCGGUCUGAAAUUUUCCCUACCAUUGUAGAAUGUGAGAACCUGGCAACAGCAGAGGAAGGGGAUUUGAAUGAAGUUGAAAGGAUAAUAUACGAAGUUUUGGGAAACAAAGAAUCGAAAGAGGAAAUUCUGGUUCCAGUGCAGAUCACAGACCGAAUUUUUUUCGUUGAUUUAGCCAACAGGAAAUUGAAAACCAUCCCAUGGCAAGUGUUUGAGCUGGAAGACCUAGAGGAACUGCAUCUGGAAAGAAAUGAAAUUUGUAGCAUCUCAGGAGCAAUAAGUAAACUUAAGAAUAUACGGGUUCUUUAUUUGAAUAAGAACAGGAUAUCAGAGCUAUGUGAUGAACUGGGAGAACUGAAAUUUCUCCGAAGUCUGGAUCUGAGCGGUAAUCUACUUCCUUUCGAUUCGCUUACAGUCAUCAGUAAAAUACAGUCCCUUUCUCAUCUCAGACUCUAUGAUUUAAAUCUGGAUGAAUUUCCCCUGGAAAUCUGCAGACGUCUUCAUCACUUGAAGCUGCUGGGGCUCUCUAACAACAAUCUAAAAUGUCUUCCCAAGGAAAUAGUGAAUUUUACCAAACUUCAAGAGCUCUAUCUAAAAGAAAAUGGAUUUGAACAUUUCCCCUUGGAAAUUUGUCGACUGCAUAAUCUAGAAAUUAUAGACCUUGAGAAAAAUAAUCUGAGUGUCAUUCCAGAUGAAAUUUCAUUGCUGCAGAAUUUAUCUCAGCUUUAUCUCGCCUGUAACAAGCUGACAAUGGUGCCUGAUUCACUGAGCAAGUGCUGCAAACUGUCUCUCCUUGAUUUGUCAACAAAUCAAUUGCACAAACUCCCUCGAAGCUUAAAGCAAUUGACAGAAAUGAAGGAAUUUAGCAUAUCGGGGAACACCCUGGCUGGUUUUCCACGUCCAUUACGGCACUGGAAAUCCCUUACUGUAAUUUAUCUGAAGAACUGUGGCCUGAAAGCGUUACACCCUUCUUUUGGAAAACUAACCAAUACAAUAAUUUUAGAUCUAAGUCAAAAUCUUCUGGAAGAAUUUCCAGCACAGAUUUGUACAAUGGAAAAUCUGGAGAUAUUGUCCCUGGAUGACAAUCAGAUAAGCAAGAUACCUCCAGCCGUAAAUAAGCUUUAUCAGCUAAAAAGCCUUGGUCUAACCGGCAACAGGUUCAUCUCAUUCCCUGAGGAAAUAUUCCACAUUGCAUCACUAGAGACACUCUACCUGGGACAAGAUAGAGGGACCAAAUUAACAGUGUUGCCAGAGAAUAUUAGCCAAUUGCAGAAUUUAAAAGAACUGUACAUCGAAAACAACUUCUUGGAGUAUCUUCCAUCAAGCAUAAGAUUAUUGAAUAACCUGGAAAUACUUGACGCUCAUAACAACUUCCUUAUAGAACUGCCUGACUCCAUAUGCCAACUACAAGGUUUGCAGAAGCUAUUACUCCAUAACAACCAAUUAUUUCAAAUCCCAGAGGACUUGGACAGCCUAGAAAAAUUGCAAGUUCUAUCGCUGGAAGGGAAUCCUAUGAUGAAUCCACCAGUGGAGGUGUUCAGUCAAGGGUUGCCAGCCGUAUGGGAAUAUUUACGACAGGAGAGACAAACAAAAGAGACGGCUGUAAAGGUCCAGGCUUGGUGGCGUGGCCUAAGGGUGCGCAAAGGAGUUGGAGCCUAUUCAGAGAUCCUGAAAAUGAUGAAGAAGGUCAAGAAAGAGAAGAAAGAGAAGAAAGGCAAAGAGAAAGAAAAACCCAAAGACAAGAAGAAAUAA